AGUGAUUUAUUUUUUUCUCACUUUCUUCCACCAGAAUCAGCAGGGUGGUACAAGGGCAGAAGGAAGAGAAAGAGAUGAUGUUCAGCUGAAAGGAGAAGAAAAAUUGCACGAAUGAAGAGGCGACAGCGAAGUAAAAGAAAAAAAAUGGAGGGACAGAAGGAAGUCGGGCCCCGGGCUGGACAGGAUGCUAAUGAAGGUGAUGAGGGAGGGGGGGAGGGGGAAAAGGAUGAAGACAAGGAAAGCAUCGCAGGAGAAAAAGUUAGCAGCGCUGAAGUCCAUGGCAACAGUGAAAAGGUGUUGGAGCAAGAAGUAAGAGAUAAUUUAAGAGGAUGUUUGAUAAUAGAUGAAGAUUCAGCCCAAGAGAAGGAGGAAAUGAAUAGUGAAAACUGUACCAUCAAAGUUGAAGACACAGAGGAAGUGUUAGAUGAAGUUUUAGACGAACCGGAGGAAAAUCCAGAUGAAAGUCAGAAUGGCUCACUGGAAUGGCAGAAUCAAAACAGAGAAGAAAGUUACGAAGCUCAGGAAAAUGGCGGAGAAAAUGCAGUGAGUAAAAUUGUUGACAAAAGUGACACAGGUGAGCUAGAAGGAAAUGGGGAAGAGGAUGACAUUAGAAAGGGUAUUAAAGAAGAAGUUUGCUCAGAUGAAUCACCUGUGGGAUCGCCAAUGAGUCCCAUGGAAACCUCUCCCUCUACAUCAGCUGUGCCACAGGAAAAUGUUGUAGCUCAGCUAAACCAACUUCAGCAGACAGUAGUGUCACACAUACUACAGUAUCAGGCAGGAGUAAUGGCACAGUUCCAACAGCUGCAGCAGCAGAUGCUGUCUCAGCUGACUUCAGGAACUUCUCAGACCACUUCAGCAGUAGGAGUCAAAAAUAAUCGCAAACGUCCAGCAUCUAGUAUGAGUAGUGCUGAUACUCGUGAAGAUAAGCUUACCUUAGCAGAUAUACACUGCAAGCGCAAGCGAACUGCAUUUGAUCAAAGACAGUAUCAAGUGCUUGAGGUAAAUAUAAAUAAUGUUAAAGCCAUGAUUUGUCAUAUAU